AUGCCAGUAUGUUUUUCUGUUCAUAAGGUAACUGGGAUUAAUGAUAGGAAUAACAUAAUCCUAUAUAGAGAGCCUAUUUUAAUAAAUAAAAAAUGUGAAAGUAAAUAUGUAAUAUUUUUCCCAGGUGAUUAUUCAAAUUUUUUUAAAAAUAGCAUUUAUACUUACUAUAUAUAUGAACCAACUAAUGAAUGCAGUGAUUAUCGUUUUAGUUAUGAAGCUUUAUUUUGGGUUAUAUCAUCUAAAUAUUUAUAUGAUCAUAUAAUAUUUAUAAAACCUAGUGUUUUUAUUAAUUGUUUUUCUACUUUUUCAAAUUUUAUAAAUGAUGAGCAUGCAUCUUUAAAUACUAUUUCGAAAAAUGAAAUAAACUCUGAAAUCAGCCACAAAAAAAAUCAAAGCAUUGAUGGAAAUUCAAAGAUAGUUACAAAAAUAGUAUCAAAAAAUCAGAUUGAAACACAAAGUUGUAAAAGCGAUAAAUAUAUAGAUGCAAAGGGAAUCAAACAUUUAUUAUUUAUUUUAUUAUCAUUAAAUAAUGAUAUAUUAAAAGAAAACAGUGGGGAAGAUAGUUUAAUGGAUGGAUCCAGAAAAAAACAAAAUGAUGAUACAUUAGUUAAUAAUAAUUUUCAAAAAUGUGGAAAUAUUAUUAAUUCAGAUAAAGCACUGAAUAUUCAUAAUAAGUGUGUAAAUAAUGUUAUAAAUAUAGAUACAAUUAUAAAGAAGAAGUUAAUUUUAAUAGGGUUUAGUAAAGGGUGUAGUGUUUUGUUUUCUAUACUGAGAGAAAUUAACAAAGCAGAGUUUAUUUUGGAAUAUAUAGAAUCAAUAUAUUUCUUAGAUCCAGGUUUUAAAAAAAACAUAUAUAACACUAAUAUAGAAUCUAAUUCAUUGAAAGUUAUUUCAAAAUAUAAUUUAAAAAUAUUUAUCCAUUCAACCCCUAAUCAGAUAUUCGAGAGGAAUACUAUGGUGGUUCAUAAGGAAUUAAAAAAUUUUAUAACAAUGUUAAAAAAUUAUAAUAUUAAUAUUUUUUCAUAUUUUCAUUAUAUAAAUAUAGAAAAAAUGAUUGACCCAAUUAAUCUUCAUUUUGAAAUUCUAGAAGAUUUCUCAAAUUCAUUUUUAGAGAAAAUAAAUAACAUAUCUAUAUUUAUAAACAGUUGUAAUGAAAUUGGAAUAGUAUGUUUAGAAAACAAAAAGCCUAUAGAUAAGUUUCUUUUUCAAAAUUGGCAUAUGUAG